CACAGUUGUCUGCACAGUGCACACACCGCACUUCACCUGACGUGCUUUCUUCCCUGCACGCUGCUCUCUCGCUCUCUCUCCCUGAUGCAGACAGACUGCAGCCCUCAUUACCUCCCCCUCUGCUGCAGGCUCGAUUUCCGAGCGCAGAACACCCCUCGCUCGCAUUCAAUUCCCCAUAACUAUCCACAAAAAUAUACUAAUAAGAGAGAGAGAGAGAGAGAGAUUGGUGGGGGGGGGGGGGGGGCGGAAGAGAUACAUAGCGAGGGAUGGAACGAGAAGCCCUCCCCAACGGAAUUCCCGGCGGAGAUUUGAAUUCGCUGGCGAUCGUCGCGAAACAAAUCUUUUCGCCCAUCCUCACUCACCUCUUCUCCUUCUUCUUCUUCUUCUUCUUCUUCUUCUUCUUCUGUUUGGUGGGCCUUCUUGGUGUUUGAAGGAUUGCGCGAGAGAGAGAGGGAGAUGAUGGGGCGUUUGGGGAUUUGGGUUUUGCAUGCUGUGGUCGGCGCUGCUUUCAUGAUGCUCUUUUCCUCCAGCAAAAUCGGCGGCGGCGGCGGCGGCGAUGCUGUUAAACUGCAUUCGGACUUGAACUCUGCAAACCGUGGAGUGUUACUGCUUACGCAUGUUGAAGAUAUUGGACCGAUGAUAACCAACAGAAAAUUGAAGGAAAGGAGUCAGAGAAUGAGGGCUGAUAGAGCUCAUGACUUGGGAAGAAUAGAAACGGAAGACUACCCGCCGUUCGAUCCGAGCCCAAAUUCGAAGGCAAUGGUAAAAGCCGGACCGAUCGAGCAUGGAACUCCUCUCAUGCCGUAUAUCCCACGACCAACCCCUCCUCUCCACCAAAUAACACCUCCUCCCAGCAACCCCAAGCACGGGUACCCUUAAACCGCUCGCUUGUGACGUUUAAACCUGCAUAAUAUGACCUACGGAAACUAUUACGUUAUCGCAUGACUACUUGUAAUAUGGUUGUGACAUACAAGAUCCACUAUGCUGCUACGAAUGUAAUAUAUAAAUCCUUACGGUGAACUAGUUAUCACUCUAUCUCGUAUUCAAUGUUAUUAGUCGGUUUAAGUAUCUGAAUUUCUGUU